AUGGCCCCCUCCGCAGUCUCUGCCACCAACGGCACUGCUAGCACUUUCGGCGUGCACGCCGCCUCCUCUUCGGCCGCAAUCCAUGCCGAGCAUGAGCAUGCUGCCCACAACUACCACCCGCUGCCCGUCGUUUUCUCCAAGGCAUCGGGCGUUUCGGUAUGGGAUCCCGAGGGAAAGCACUACCUGGACUUUCUGUCCGCAUACAGCGCAGUGAAUCAAGGCCACUGCCACCCCGAGCUUGUCAAGGCUCUCACCGAGCAGGCCUCGCGGCUCACUCUGAGCAGCCGUGCCUUCUACAACGAUGUGUUCCCGCGCUUCGCUGAGUACAUCACCAAGACGCUUGGCUUCGACAUGGUCCUGCCCAUGAACACGGGUGCCGAAGCCGUCGAGACUGCCGUCAAGGUCGCACGCAAGUGGGGCUACAAGGUCAAGGGGAUCCCCGAGAACGAGGCCCUCGUCUUCAGCGUGCAGGAGAACUUCCACGGACGCACUUUUGCGGCCAUCACCAUGUCGACUGACCCGGAGUCGCGUGAGAACUACGGUCCCUACCUGCCUGGAAUUGGCAGCUGGGACCCGGUCAGCAAGGCUCCCAUCCGCUACAACAAUGUCGACGAUGUCCGCAAGGUGCUGGAGGCCCACGGCAAGAACACGGCUGCCUUCCUCGUCGAGCCGAUUCAGGGUGAAGCGGGUAUCGUGGUGCCCGACGACAGCUACCUCCGCGAAGUCAAGGCGCUGUGCGAGAAGCACAAUGUGUUGUUGAUCUGCGACGAGAUCCAGACCGGUAUCGCCCGCACUGGUCGCAUGCUCUGCCACGAGUGGAGCGGCAUCAAGCCCGACCUUGUUCUCCUCGGUAAGGCCAUCUCGGGCGGUAUGUACCCGGUGUCGUGCGUCUUGGGCUCGAAGGAGGUCAUGCUCACCAUCGAGCCCGGCACGCACGGCUCGACCUACGGCGGCAACCCUCUGGGCUCCGCCGUGGCCAUCAGGGCUCUGGAAAUCAUUCAGGAGGAGAACAUGGUCGAACGCGCCGAGAAGCUGGGCAACAUCUUCCGCGAGGGCCUGAAGAAUCUCAACAGCCCGAUGAUCAGCCUCGUUCGGGGCAAGGGUCUGCUCAAUGCCAUCGUCAUUGACGAGAGCAAGACGAACGGGCACAGCGCGUGGGACCUGUGCAUGCUGUUCAAGGAGAAGGGUCUUUUGGCCAAGCCCACUCACCAGAACAUCAUCCGUCUCGCGCCGCCAUUGGUCAUCACGGAGGAGCAGAUUCAGCAGGCCCUGAACAUCAUCCGCGAGGCAAUUGAUGAGCUGCCGCAGCUGAAGGGAGAGAAGGAGGAGCGGGUCCUUCCUCCGGGUGAGAAAAAUGUGCACAUUGGCGUGGACAACUAG